AUGGCACUUAGCAUUCGACAGCUGAAUUGGGAUGCAUCAUUCUUACUUACGUUUGAACCAGUUCGGUCUGAUCCCAUCGGUUGUGUAGGGGUGCCCCAGCUGUUCCGAAUUCUCCUCGAUCCGUGGCUUGUCGGACCGUCAAACAUCUUCCACUCCAAAUUUUCCUCUACGACUCAUGUUCAGGGAGCAUGCGUCUCAACGUUACGAGACCUACCUGAGCCUGACCUAGUUAUCGUCAGUAAUGGCCGCAGCGACCACUGCAAUGAGGCUACCCUUCGGCAGCUCGCACCCUGCGGCACGAAGACGACCAUACUAGCGGAGCCUACGGCGGCAAAACUAAUUCGAAGCUGGGGAUAUUUCGAUGAGAGGAAAAUUGUCACCCUUCAGCGAUGGCAGGACCCUCGACACACUGGCCGAGACACUGCCAUUAGAAUACCUAUACGCUCUGGUGUGGCCGGCGGAGACGGAGGCCUCGUGACUGUUUCUUUCAUUUCCCGGCGAAGAAAUACGAAAGGGGUCGAUUCGGCAAUAGGAAUAACGUACAGACCGACGCCCUCGGGACUAUUAACCUCUCGAUCGCCACCGCCCACAGCUUCCACUCGUGUCUCAACUCCUUCGUUAAAGUUUGCCUCAGGGACAGCGAGCCCAACCGACCUUUAUACUCCCGAGACCCUCGACACGCCUACUUUACCACUGCUCCCAGCUUUGCCACCACUUAGACCUGCUGAAAGCCCCGUCAGUCACCCGUCCAAGGCAGGUCGAUCCUUAGCCGCACUUCACGCCAGGAACCGGAGGGCAUCUGGGGUAUCCGUGAUAUUGUCUCCCCACGGCAUCUCCUACAGCGCCAUUGAGGGGUACGCAACCUCACACCUUGUCUCCGAAGCUACGCUGCCGCUCACAGCUCUUCUACAUUGCUUUGAUGCCAUAUCCCAGCCGUGGUGGCUCGGCGGCAACCUCACGAGUGGCUUUCACGACGGCCAAGAGAUUAUAUCUAAGCUGGGUGCAAGAGCCUGGAUCAGCACGUACGACGGAGACAAGUUUAUCAGAGGCCUAGCCAAGCGUUUGACCCGGAGGAAGAAGUACAAGACUUAUGAGGUGCGUCGCUUUGUGCACGGCGUGACGGCUGGCGUCCACGGCUCCCGUACAGCGGAUUCCAAGAGAGGCGGAAAGAUGGACAAGCCCACUGAAAUCAUGGCUCUCAACGUUGGUGAAGAAAUCGUCCUGACGAGUGACGGGUUGUGGGUGUCGGAAGAAACGGCCGUCGUUGAACCAGGCUGCCUGAACCGUCACUUGAGUAUUCCCUAUCUGCUCUCUGCCAAUGCCUGCGGGGAGGGCAUAGGCUCGCAGUUCAGGGUCAGUCAACUCUGGCCGAGCAUGUUUCUGGCUUAA